UGAAUCCAAAUAAAGGUGUUUUGUAAAUUUUAUGUAUCCAGGUCCCAUCUUCAGUUCGAACCUGGAUACAACCUCCCCCGUUAGGGGUGGAGCCACGCCCUGCGGUAACCCCACCCAAUUUGACAAACCCGACCGUGGCCGCCAACUCGUUUUUCUACAUCAAGGAUCCCAAGCCUUCUUACAACACAUGCGACGUGCUGGAACUCUACAUUGAAGUUCGCGACGGACAGAACUUGACGAAAAAGAUGGGUGGUGAUCUGCUGUGGCCCGUUAUUCGGACGGAUGGAUUUCAUGCGAGCGCACCGUACGAUGAGCUGAUUGACCACGGGAACGGGAGCUACAGCGCUCGGUUGACGCUCUCAUGGGCCGGGGUGGUCGAGCCCCGCGUACCGUUCAUUCACAGCGCCGAGUACGUGGCAGCUUUACAGGGAGUCAUUCAACGACAGCCCGUGCGCUUCGGCUAUGUUUCUAAGUUCAUUGCCAACGGCACGUCGGAGUACACACCAUGUCACAUGGUCAAAGAGAUGCCGUUUAUUGCCACUAAACCAGAAGCGAGUUUUUCCUACCUGUCACCAACCGAAGUCUGUGACUAUUCCGAUGUCAAAGCAGGGACCAAUUGGUACUGCCUGAAGCCCAAGACCCUGCCCUGCUCAGCCAUUUCUCUCCACAGGGGUGACUGGAAGGCGUCAGAUGAAUUUUUUAACCAAAGCAUGACCGAAGAGGAAAAGAUAGCGUGGAAAGCAGGCAUCAAAGACUUUGCAUACCUGUCGAAUGCCGGCCCUGUUUCGGUUUCGGUGGUCCAAGCUCCAGAAAACGCCGCCAGCAGUUGUCUGAUGUUACCUGAAUGCAAACCAGGACUUCCUCCGAAACCACCAUCGCUAGCUGCUGGAUUUUACUACAAAGACUCGUGGAAGUCCAACGUAUGCCGUGAGAGGUCGUUCGAGCUGCCGGAGAUUUUGGAAUGUCUACGGAACAAGAGGCUUUAUUUUUACGGCGACUCCACGCUGAGGCAAUGGAUGCUGUUUCUGGCUCGCAGUCUGGGAAAAACCAUGAAGCUACAACGGGCACGCAGAAAGUCAGCGAAGAUCAUCGGCCCGCUGUACGCCAUCGACAAGGUGCACAACAUCACGCUCACGUUCCGACAUCACGACUUUCCCAUCCGUAACAAUUGGCUCAACUUUCACGACGUGAAGUUCACGGUGAACGAGCUAGACGCGCUGCCAGGCGGACCUAACACGGUUGUCUUGUUCACGUUUUGGGCGCACUUCACUACGAAUAGCGUGGACUACUUCGCGAACAGGAUGGGACACAUCCAAGCGGCUGUUAAGAGGCUACAACAGCGAGGCCGCAGCCCUACUCCUGUCUUCUUCAAGUCAGCGAAUACUAGAGCCGAUGGGUCAAAGGGGCUUGCCUUGGCCGAUUCAUUUAUACUUAUAUUAGAUGAGAUUAUGCGAACAAUAUUUAGUGAUAUGCCAAAUGUGACUAUCAUAGACGCCUGGGGCAUGACAUUGAGUCAUAGGACAGGAUACAGACUGCAUCCUGUAGAUUUGGUUCUACGAGAAGAAAUUAAGAUGUUCCUGAACUUUCUGUGCCAACAACCAAGCCAGCCAGCCAAACAGACAGCCAGCCAUUCAACCAGCAAACAAUCCAACCAGCCAGCAAACCAACCAACCAAACAACCAACCAGAAAUCCGGCCAGCAAACAAACCACCCAGCUAGCAAACAAAGAACCAAACAGUCAGACAAUAAGCCAGCCGUUCAGCCAGCAAACCAGCCACCCAACCAGUCAGCAAGCCAUACAGCCAGCCAGACAGUCGUCAACCAGCCAACAAGCCGGCCAUCCAGCAAACCAGUCAAUCAACCAACCCGCAAAACAGCCGGCCAGCCAGCCAUCGAUCCACCUUACCAACCAACCAGCCAGACAGCCGUCCAGCCAGGCACCCAGCAAGUCAACCAGCCAGUCAGCCAGUAAAACAACCAGCCAUUCAGCCAACCAGCCUACCAGCCAGCCAGCCAACAAGCCAACCUUUCAGCGCGUCAGUCGGUCAACCAGCCAGCCGCCAAAAAGCCAGUCCGGCUUGCCAGCCUCUCAACCCGUCCAACGUGGCGGCCUGUCGGCCAACAAGCCAAGCAGUCGGCCACCCAUCCAGCCGGAGCCGCGGCGAGCCAGCCUAGCAACCAGCCAGCCAAACAGCUAGCCAACUAGCCAGCAACUGGCCGGCCAUCCAGCCAGCCAGCCAGCCAAGCAGCGCAUGAAACUGGUAGAUACUCUCGAUUUUAUUAGGAUUAAAACUCAGUGUGGCAUUGUGUGACAUUGUUUCUUUAUUUUUCGUAGAAUAAAAGCGCUUAUUUAACUAUUAAAUUAUGCAGUUAACCAUUUAUUGUUGCUCCCUGCUAAACUCCCGAUCUUAGUCGUUUACCGUCUGCAGUGUCGUUAUUUAUUUUGAUUUUGGUUUAAGUAAGAACAAGAACUCCCUUGACGUGAAGCCAGAGGACACCUUUUGAAUGUUGACGCCUUCAUGCAGGCUUUUUAAUGUACCUUGUUUAUUUUGGUUAUCAUCGUUUACUUGUUUGUUCAUUGCUUGAACUUUUGACACCCUUGACGUAGUACGUGUACCGUGAAUUCGAGGCCUGUGUAUAUUGAUACAAUGUGCACAGUAAUAAGGCCAAUGUUCGCUCAUAUUCCCGCCCUGCAAACAGGGCGCUGGGACACGCUGCACUGAUGAGCUUCAUAUAAUCUUGUGAAGGAAGUGGCCA